UGUUUUGUUUCAUGUUAAUCAGAUGAGGGGCUCCCCAUUUGCAGAGUCUAAGCAACAGGAUCCCACGUCCCUCCCACAGCCCAGGAGUCUUGGCUCCCAGCCUCUGCCCCAUUCUGUAACCAUUAGGCCAUUCUACAGAGCAGACAGGACUCCAUGCUAAUACGGCUAUGAAGGAGGCAGCACGGCUGUGGGGCAGAGAAGUAGGUCAGUGGAUCGAGACUUCCUGUGUUACAAUUAAGGGCACAGUGGAACAAGAUAUCAUGGCACUCCCACCAACCACAGUGGCAAAUUUCAGCAAGACCACAGAGAUCAUGAAGACCCCUCACCUGGCCUCUGCUCUGUUGCUCUUCAUCACCUUCCUGGUGGGUGUGGCAGGGAAUGGGCUGUACGUGUGGGUGCUGGGGAUGAAGAUGAGGAGGACAGUGACCACGCUCUGGUUCCUUCACCUGGUGUCCUGCUACCUGCUCUUCACCCUGCUGAUCCCCUUCUUCGCCAUCUACGUCCUCCUGGAUUUCCACUGGGUCUUUGGCAUGGCCACGUGCAAGCUUCUCAAUACCUUCAUUUCUAUGGGCAUGUUCUCCUCUGUUUUCCUUCUCACACUCAUCAGUCUGGACCGCUACACCCUCACUCACCAUCCUAUUUGGUCCCGGAAUCAUCGCACCAUGCCCCAGGCUUGGAAGCUGAUUGUGGGUGUGUGGCUGGUCUCCUUUGGUCUCAGCGCUCCCUACCUGGCUUUCCGGGAGACCCAUGUGGUUGACGGGGGCAGAAUCAUCUGCAUCAACAAUUACACCCUCUCCACAGACUGGAAUGGAGCCGAGCUGCAAGACCUGGGAAGACAGGUCCACCUGGCUGUCUUCAUGGCUCGGUUCCUGCUGGGCUUCCUGCUGCCUUUCUGCACCAUCAUGGGAUGCUAUAUCCGCGUGGGCCUGAAGAUGAAGGAUAAGAAGCUGGAGUGGGCUGGGAAGCCCUUCAAGGUCAUGGUAGCCGCAGUGGUUUCCUUCUUCCUAGGCUGGCUCCCCUAUCACCUCUACCAUGGCUUGAAGCUCUACAAGAAGGAGGUGCCAGAGUCGGUGACAGGUGUCCUCUUGGUCAUUCACACCUUAACAUCCUGCUUCAAUGCCUCCUUCUCCCCCAUCCUCUACCUCUUCAUAGGGGAGAAGUUCUGGCAGGUCUUCAGGACGUCUCUCCUUACUCUGGUCAAAGCAGCUUUUGUUGAAGAACUCGGCAGCAGUGGCUCCGAGUCUGGUGGAAGACACGGGUCAGAAGUUUAGAACAUAAGGAAAGAGAUGGUCUGAAGGUGCCCAGACUUAGGGAGAGUUGAAAACUUCACAUCCCCAUUAUUCCUAAAUUUCUGCUGUUUCUUAAACCUGAUGGGUUCCAGGUGUCUCAAUGUUUAUAAACCCCUCAGUGUCCCUGGAUUCUAUAUUCCCUGUUGUCUCUCUCUCAAUUUUUUCAAACUCAGUGGGUCAUCAAUGGCACCAGAUUGCUAGCCAGCUCCAGAAUCCUGUUUGUUUUAGGUCUCUCAAUGCGUUUUAACGUAACUGACUCUUGGAUUGUGCAUCUCUAGCUGGCUCCGGAAUUUCUUUCAUUGUCAGCCGUUCAAUAGGUUUAAACUCAAAGUCUGUUGAGUUUAGGUCCCUGACUGGAUCUAGGACAUCACUGGGUCCUAGAGUGUUUUCAGACCACAUAGAAUCCAGCAGGUUCCAGAUUGUCUGCUAAAACAUUCAUCUUGGUUCUAGAUUUCCAAAUGAUUUUUAAUCCAUUAGGUGUGAUAUAUUAUAGAAGAGUCUGUGUAUUACUAUAGCACUAUCUAGCUCUUCUCCAGUGCUUGUCAUCAGUAGAUCUCAAAGAACUUUACCAAGGAGGACAGUAGCAGUCUUCCAGUUUUUACAAAUGGGGAAACUGAGGCACAGAGUGGGGAAGUGACUUGGCCAAGGUCACCCAGCAGGCCAAUCGCAGAACUAGAACAAACGCAGGUCUCCUACAUCCCAGUUGAGGUUUUUUUCCAUUUCAUAUCUUCACACACUUAGCUCUCUGUGGCUCGACCUGUUUUUUUUUUGCUAUAUGUUUGUAUAGUGCUUAGCACAGCGGGGUCCUGGGCCAGGACUGGGGCUCCCAGCACUAACAAAACAAAAAUUAAGAAUAAUGAUUCCCAGGUUUUCCUUGAACUGCAUAGUUUCUGUAAAGAUAGUGUGGCAGCUUUGACAUAAUUUACAAACACAGUGUGACCUAAUCACUGGGAUAUUUAGUGUGGGGAGGCUCUGGCUUAAUUUCAGAGUGGCUGAUAAGGAAAACAAGUCUGCAGAAUAAAGAGCUGCUCCAGAGAAACCACCUGCCCAUGAACACUUCAGGGCGGUGAAGAGGUAAUGUCCAAGCUAAUAAUAAUGACAUUAUAUGGCAUAUGGGUGAUCACUCAUAAUAUUAUGGAAACAAAAUUGCAAUGAAACAUACCAGAUAUGCCAUGUAAGGUAUCAGUGGAAAAGUUAUCAUUUGAUAAAUAUGAUAAUCUUG